AGCCGGGGCCGGGCGGAGGUGAGGGGGGAGUGGGCGCUCGGCCCCCGCCCUCUCCGCUCCCCCCCGGCGCCGUUCCCGGUCCUCCCCCCCCCGCCCGCCCAUGGCUGUGGGCUCCGCGGCCGCAUGGAGCUGAGGGGCCACAUCCUGCCGCCGGGCACCCACAGCCCCGCAGGGCCCCCCCCGGGGCGGCUGCAAGAGCUGCGGGAGCGGCAGCGGGGGCUGCGCCAGGCGCUGGGGCUGCGGCUGCGGGAGCUGCGGAGGCUUUGCCUGCAGGAGGCCGAGCUGACAGGGAAGCUGCCCCCCGAGUAUCCCUUGGAACCUGGAGAAAGACCCCAGCCCCCCCCGCGGCGCCGGUCUGCAGCCCCCCCGCGAGGACCCCUCACCGAGGCGGCUCGGGCGGCACGGCGGGAGGUGGCGGUGCAGCUGCAGGUGGUGGAAGCUGCUCGGCGUCUGGCAUCCGCCCCGGGGCUGCCCCCGGAACAGCGACGGCGUCGGCAGCGACUGCAGGCCGAGGCGGCCCAAAGGCUGCGACAGCUCCGGGCACAGCUGGAUGAGAACGGGUCCCUCUGUGAGCUGCCUGGAUUGGAGAACGGUUUCCCCCCCCCGAAACCCCCCCUGAGUGGGGCUGGACGCCCCUCACCCCCCAGGGCUCCAUCUGGCAGCCCUGAUCGCAGACCCCUUUGGGCCUCAGACCCCUCCCCGGGGGGGCCCAGCCGCCGCAACUCGCUUGCCAGCCCCGCCAGCCCCGCCCGGACUCUGCCCCGCAGCGCCUCCAGUUUUGAGGGUCGCAGUGUUCCUGCCACCCCUGUGCUGGCACGCAGCCCCCAUGGGCCCCCCUUGUGCCGGUGAGUGUUUGGGGAGGGGGGGGCACAAGUGGGUGCUGGAGGAGGGUGACAGGCAGGCAAGGGAGGCAGUAAUGGAAUGCAAGGUGCAAUGAGGGGGGGGUUAAGGAGGCACUGAGGGUGUUUUGGGUGCUUGGGGGGGUUAUUCUAGGGGACAGCCGGGGGGCGACAAGGGGGUGUGGUGGGAUUAUAAGAGGUUGUGGGGGGGUUAUAGGGAGUGUUAAAAGACAUUGGGGGUGAACGGAGGCAGUGGGGUUGGGAUAAUGAGAGGCACGGGGGUGAUAAUAGGGGCUGACAGGGGGUGUCUGGGGGGGUGGGGGGGCAGUUAAGUGGGAGCAUGG